CAACCAACCUGCGUUCCAAACAGGUAAACGUUAUUAUCGACAAAGUCCUGAAACCCACUGAGAAUUCAGCGUCUCCUUCAAACUACAAACUAGUUGAGGAUGUGGGCCUUAUCCUGCGCCACGUCUGCUUAUCCUGCGCUCACUUUCAGAGCUUCUGUACCCAUGGCCACUACUCGUUCCGGCUCUCCCGUCUCCGUCUCAGUCCCUACCAAUCACCAUUGUUAUCAGAAAGACAGUCCUUUUGUUCCAGAGGUUGUGGAAGCAGUGGAUGCCCUGCAUUCAGAGUUCAGAGCUGUGGAUAAUUUGGUAGCACGCAAUACCACCCGGGUUCUUAAAGCUUUCCAGAAUGCCCGAAUUGGAUCUCAUCACUUCGCUGGAAGUACUGGCUAUGGUCACGAUGAAGCUGGGGGACGUGAAGCUCUUGACCAAGCUUUUGCAGAAAUUGUAGGCGCUGAAUCUGCAAUAGUUCGCUCACAGUUUUUCUCAGGAACUCAUGCUAUAACCUGUGCUCUGUUUGCUUUUCUAAGGCCAGGAGAUGAGCUUUUGGCAGUUGCUGGUCCUCCCUAUGAUACCUUGGAGGAAGUUAUUGGAAAGAGAGACUCUCAUGGCAUGGGAUCCUUGAUAGACUUUGGAGUGAAAUACCGUGAAGUUCCACUUGCUGAAGAUGGUGGCCUUGACUGGGAUGCGCUUAGGCAUGCUUUGAACCCUGAAACAAAAUGUGCACUCAUUCAGCGGUCAUGUGGUUAUUCAUGGCGUCAGAGUUUAAGUGUGGAUGAUAUAAGGCGAGCAAUUGAGAUAAUUAAGAUGCAGAAUCCUAACUGCCUGGUCAUGGUGGAUAACUGUUAUGGUGAAUUUGUGGAAAGCAUUGAACCUCCAAUGGUGGGUGCAGAUUUAAUUGCUGGCAGUUUGAUAAAAAAUCCUGGUGGAACUAUAGCCCCAUGUGGUGGAUAUGUUGCAGGAAGAGAAAGAUGGGUAAAAGCAGCAGCAGCUCGUCUGUCUGCACCUGGCCUUGCAGUUGAUUGUGGCUCAACUCCUGGUCACACUAUGAGAGCAUUUUUCCAAGGUUUGUUCCUUUCACCUCAAAUGGUUGGCGAGGCUAUCAAGGGGACUUUCCUAGUAGCUGAAGUUAUGGCUUCCAAAGGGUAUAAGGUCCAGCCCCUUCCUCGUGUUCCUCGCCAUGACACUGUACAGGCCAUACAGCUUGGAAAUCGUGAGCGUCUUCUUGCUUUCUGUGAGGCUGUGCAGAGGAGCUCCCCAGUCGGUUCAUUUACUAAACCAAUUGCUGGCACAACUCCUGGAUAUGCAUCAGAGGUGAUAUUUGCUGAUGGAACAUUUGUUGAUGGGAGUACAAGUGAGCUUUCAUGUGAUGGACCAUUAAGAGAGCCAUUCGCUGUAUUUUGCCAGGGUGGCUCCCAUUGGACUCAGUGGGGACUAGUUCUUGGAGAGGUUUUAAAAGCCAUAUAAUGUAGAACGAAGAUUUUCCAAUGAGGACAGCUGACAGCACGAUUAUGGAAUGGAAUGUUGAUAUGGAAGUUAUUGAUUUCUAAGUUUGCAAAGCAAGAAGUAUGGUAUGGCAGUCUCAAGAUAUGUCAUUGCCGCAAUUGCUCAAAAUACAGCAGCAGUGGCAUUUCACAUCAUUUUUUCGAAAGAAGCUUGGAGGCUUAGUUUAUUGGAAGGGAGCUACUAUGUGAAUCCCAGGAGACAAAUGAGGAUACUGCUUCAAGGGGCAAACCGCAAACAAUUUGGUUCUCCAUAUGAUAGAAAUUCCAGUCACUUUACCUUUAAGAAAGAAAGUGUACUUUCUUAGCCUAGUGUUGUACCUUGAUUUUUGCCACGCAUUUUGCAAUUUUGUCAAUAUUUUUUGCAUCACUUGAUGCCGGAUGAAACAAGCUGAGGCUGCUAGAGUGAAAAAUUGCAUCUGGAAGAGAAGAUGCAUACAUUUGUUUGAUAACGAGGUGAA